AUGGGCAUAUUUCCCGGAGGAAAAAGUACUCGCAUCAACUCUCCUCGUCAUCUAACCCUUCGACACUCUCGGAAGGUCGCUACUUCAUAUCAGCGCAAAGCCCGACAGCUAGCUGGCAGAGCCGCUGUUGAGAGCGACGAUGAGGUUGACCCUCUGGCACCUGGUGAGCAAAAACUCAAUUCAUACUGGGCUCCGGGGCUUGCAGCUGGUCCAGAACAUAAUAUCACCGUGAAUCAGAAAAUAGAGGCACCGACAGGAGAGGAAUUGAAUCUCAGUGCGCAUAAGUCGUUUUCUGUAGACGCGCCACAGUUCUCUCUACCGGAAGGGAGCGUACACUCGACCUACCCCCCUCCCGGAUAUCCUGAUACAAACAGGAUCCUUCCUCAUGUUGUUCUAACGGACCCGCAUCUACCAUGGGAAAGACUUGGAAGUAAAAGCCAGGGAACAAACAAGGAGCUUCAGAUGAAGAUGAGGGCAUUGGCAGAUGGUGCUAAUGGUGAGACCGUACGCAACCGCGUGCCCUGGCUCGUCAUGUUCUCCUUUUCUCAAGAUGAGUUGCGGCUACAGCCUCAGGAAUUAGACGGGUCGACUAGCAUCUUCCGCAAUACAAGUUCUGGUGUCACCAAACCCGUUAAACAGUCAGGUACUAUGACGGUCAACAUGAGCAUUGAUGAUCUAUGGAAGGUGACAGAUGUAACGACGCCUGUAACUGAAAAGCUUGGACCGGAUAGCAUGAAAAGUAGUCGAGGCGAUUUUAUCUUUGUCAAGCCAGACCUCUUCACGAAUCUCUUUCCGACGUGCGAUCCUAAUAACAAUCCUGUCAAAGGUUCCAAGCCCAACGCACUACAAUACCAGUAUCAGGCACAUGUGCGCAAGAUAAAUGGCCAGGGUAUGGCGCUCGCUGGAGUUGAAGACACGGCUGUCUUUAGCAUUGUUGUUGGCAACCGGUCAGGCCCUCUGGACAAUGAGACACCAGUAACCAUGACUGCACACCUCGUUUCUAUCGAAGGCAUCGAAGAAAUGUCUUGGCCCGGAUCGAGCCACCGUUAUGUGGCAUUAUGCUCGCUACAUAGCUGGAAUUACACUGUGCUGCCGGCGAAUACGCUUAACAUACCAGAUGCCUUUGAAGAUCUUGGCAGGACUCUCAACGUCCUUCGUGCUCCAGAGGAAAUCAUUUCGCCGCUACGGACUUCAAGCGACAAGAUUCAACAGCUUGUUGCAAAGCGGCUCGAUGAUGGAUACACACUCGUAAGAUAUCACACUCAGACGGGAGAAUCCACUGUCGCCCUCUAUCGCGGACCAUUUACGCCUUCAUUUGUCCCCCCCCUUGAAAAUUUGACGACAAGCUCUAACUCGGGUGUUGACUUACAAGUCCUUGAUAAGCAACUUGGUAUCAUGGAUAUUACGUAUUCGGUUGCUUGGCAAGUCGGUCGUACCAUGGCCCUAGGCGACGAAGCCUACACAGCUGCACUUAACCGUCUGCGUACUUCGAUCCACAGUACGGCCGAUGCCGCCUCCAAACUAAAUACGGUGAAGGAUAUUGAUGAUACAGCCUUCCGUACCCGCAGCGACGUACUAGGCGGAAUCGAUUCGGCCAUCCGUAGUUUAGCCUCGAUUCAUCUCAGUGGUAAUGAUGAUAUAAACCCGGGAAACCCCAUUCGUGCACCACGGUACCUUCCCGGAGGCGCUAAGCGACGAUGGAAACGUUCCCGUCUCGCGCGGUCCGAGCUACCAGACAUGUCCUUUGGCUCACCCCUGAUUCGUAAAUAUUUCCCCGAUGAGGCCAUUAAAGCGGCGCGAUACCUUGCCCAGAGCACAUCAGGGGAUACGUACGAUGAGACCAAUGAUCCAAUAUCAACAGACUGGAUGAUAAUUCUUUCAUGGCUUCUUGACCGCGUUUUUCUAGCGGGUGUACCCGCUCAUUGCCUUAUACCCGACCCGACGUACCUUGAGCCCGAACGCCUACGCUUCUUCCGCAUCGACAAUAACUGGGUCGAUGCAUUGAUAGAUGGCGCUCUUUCACUCGGUAACCACUACGGCGAUGAUGAAGACCGCACAGCUAUCAAAGAAGCCUUCAACAACUACAUUAAACACAUGCCAGAAGGACAGGACCAGCCCAUGCAGAUACCAGCCUACGGUUUCUACCUACGGUCAGACCUCGUUACCAUGUUCCCGGACCUACGUGUCGAGGUCUUAGACGUUAAUGGGGUAACUGCCUCUUCUGGCGCACCCCUUCUACGGCACGAAAUUGUCACAGACGGGGUUAUGAUGGCCUUUAUGGACCGUGUACCUGGUUCAGACCAAUUUGCUAGUCUCGUCUUCACGCAGCCCGCACACCAACAACGCUUCGCUAUUGCCCGUGGUGUUGACCCAGCACAGGUUAAGGUAGACAUACGGCGCCAGUACACAGUCGACCAGAGCAUUCGCGAAAAAGAUGAUAAGCGACAUGAUGCCCUCGGAGAGUCUAUUAUAUACGAACGCGACAGCACCGAUAAUAUCUUCCUCUGGGACGCUAAAUCUGGUUCACAACUGAAUGAUUUACGCGUCAUUUGGCCACCGCAAUUUGCUGCCAAGCAGCUGAAGAAGCUCCAGGAUGAGAUGGGUACCUAUAAUGAGGGCGGAGCACAGAAGCCUUAUUUCAAUGACAGUGCACCAACAUCAGCACUUUUUGCUAUGCAGCUGAACGAUCCCAUCUAUAACCUGACUAUUGAUCUCCAAAGCCAUACAAAUUCGGAAGUGGUAGCCCAAGUAGGGCCACCUAGGGGGCCAAGCAGUCCUGAAAUCCGGACACUAAGGCUUAUGGGCACUGCGCGGGUCAAGAAACUUACCUCAGAUAACAGAUCUAAAAGCACACCUUCGAAGAAACAAGAUGACGACGAUGACUACGGGGCCAUUUUCCAGCGUCAUCAGAGCUACGCUGCUACUCCCACGGCGCUUUCUAGCUUCCUCGCCCCUCACGUCCGUGCACUCUCUAUCGCUUCCGCGGCUUCUCUUCCUAAACCAAAUAUACUUUCCCAUAUCAAAUACACUCCAGAUAUUCAGUCCAAGGCUGUACCCAGUGGCCAGCCAAUUGUACGUGACGUAGCUGGAUCGCCUAGAUUUCAGAUAACCGUCUCAAGCAACAUCAUUGGGCACUGGGAAGAAGUGCAGCUCGAUAGUGAUAACCUUGCGCAAGAUCUUAUCUUCUCGGUCAUCGUGAACCAAGAUGAAGUAAGCCAGUACCAACUUGUUGAGGUGGAUAUAGAGAUCGAUGUUGGAGAAUCCUCCUCCUUCCUCAUGAACACUUACACAGGCCCCGGCGCACACAUGCUGACCAAUAUGCGCUUCAACGUGCUGCCCACCGUGGUUCACGACGAAGAACAUGAUAUUAAUCAGCUACGCCUACGGCUGGUGCCGCGCUCGGCCAAAGGCUGGGUCUAUGCUACACAAGUCAGCGAGUUGACAUUUCUACUUGGGUUGGCUAAGAUCAAUGCACCGGCGCAAUUGAACAGUGAGUUCAAAGUCCAGACAUGGGCCAAAUACAAGAGAAGCCCCAACGAAGGGCUGGACCCUAAGAAUCUCCUUACGAUCACGAAUCCAGAUACGAUAGUGAGGGUUGUGAAUACCAAAUAUGAUCAUUCUAGUUAG